AUGGCCAAACUCUCUCCUCUUCUCCCUACUUUCGGGCUCGAUGACUCCGACGAGAAUGUCAUUACGCACAGCAUCAGUUCGUUCCCGAUCCAUUGUCUUCGAGAGCCUGGAAUCGGAAUCCGAUAUGAAAUUGCCAAAGACAUCGUGAACAAGAUCAAGAAAAUAGCACCGAUGUUCUGCCUUCGAAUCGAGCACCUUGUCGCCAUUUUACUUGUUACGAUGCAAGAUCUGCAACCCCACGGUCACCUGUCACCUGAGACUUGCUCCCCUUACAAACUAAAGGAGCGACUAUGCGCUAUCUCGCCAUUUUGCAAGCACUACAUGCUUCACCUCGAUCCAGAGAACCUCAUCCCGGAACUGAAACAAACUGUCCCGAACCCAGGACACACUAUCUCAGGCCCGACCAACCCUAAAUAUCAUCAUUGGAGCCAUGCCAUACCUAAGCAGCCAAAUUGGGAGCCUCAACCAACACACGAAAUGAGCCCAGAGGACUACGCGAGGUCGAUGUAUUACAAUGCGCGUUUCAGAACUGCACAUACUAUCACCGACGCUCCUGCUAGACUCCAUAUUGAGAUGGAGCAAAGACGCAUAGUACACGAUAGAUACGAAUGCGUAGUGACAGGAAGGGUUGACCCUCGUGUCUUUUGGUUCAUUCCACGUACCUGGAACGAUACUAAGGAUCACAAUGACGCUACAGGUAACAUUCGAAUGGGAUGUAUGUACUUGACCAAGAUCAACCUUUUGGACGAGAUACAUAGUGCGACUGAGCUUCAUAAGACUCAUAAACUUUGGAAUAUGAUCAGUGUUGACUCAGCUAUCUAUGAUGCUCUUACACUGGGUCUCUGUGCCUUUAAGUAUAUCGGCAAAGAAGACGUGGGAGGCGGAAACUUUUGGGUGCACCUGAAACUCUUCUGGAUGCCUGAAUUGACUGGACGAUUCAAUAAACCGAUGGAUCAGGAGGGGACGAAGGAACUCAGCCUUGAGCUCAACGACUUCCAGCGCCGUGGUUGCCCUAUCCCGAAACAGGUUGAGCGCAGCCAGACUGCCAUGUCGACUCUGCCACUUUGGUCAGGUAAAGAUGUCUUCCUAAAUAUACUAGAGGCAGAUACGGAGAUAUUUGAACACGUCGUUACCGUACAUUGGGCCUGUGCCACAUUUACAGCUCUUUGUGGUGGCGCUGGGCGUGCUUGGUUCUUGACUGGCAUGAACCAAGAAGAGGGCUGGUUUCAGCCGAGGGAUGAAGAAUUCAGUCGCUUGGAAAGGGAGGCAUUCGAGCGCUGA